AUGUCAGAAGGUAAAGACGGGUAUGGGCUAUUUUGGUUGUAUGGAAUACAACUUUUAUCAGAUUCUAAGUGGUACCCGAUAUUUGAUACGUGGAGGUUUGCGUUCGAAGAUCAAAUGAUUUUUUCAAUUAGUUUUGUGAUAAUAUGGUUUAUGAUCGUGGUAGGCGAAAGAAAAAUAAAAACUAGGUGGUUGAUAGUUGGGGCCGUGUAUUGGUUGUGGAGAGGUGCUGCGCUUAUUAGAUUGGGAAGAAUUUAUGGAUCAGUGGCAAUUUGGACGAAUGUGCAAACUCUUUGGUGGGGUUUUUGGGGAUG